AGCGGCGGUGCCCGCGAGUAACCCCGGCGCGCGCAGCGCCCCGCGCGACCUCUUCCCCCGGCAGCGGCGGUGACGCGGCGGCCGCGCGCGCCCCGCGCCCCCUCCCGCUCCCCUCCCCUCCCCUCCGCGCGCGCGCUGCAAAGAUGGCGGCGCUGAGCAAGUCCAUCCCCCACAGCUGCUACGAGAUCGGGCACACCUGGCACCCCAAGUGCUCCUGGGCUGUGCUGCACGUCACCCAGAGCGCCCUGGCAGAGUCCCUCCGCAUCUACGGCACCCUCUACCUGAUUGCAGCUAUUCUCAGGAAACGAAAACUUGACUAUUAUUUGUACAAGCUGCUACCUGAGAUCUUGCAGUCAACUUCCUUUCUGACAGCAAAUGGGACCUUGUAUAUUGCUUGCUUUUGCAUUCUAAGGAAGAUACUUGGAAAAUUCUACUUUUGGUCUCCUGGCUUUGGUGCAGCUUUACCUGCUUCUUACAUGGCUAUUCUCAUUGAAAGGAAAAGCAGGAGAGGUCUUCUCACAAUAUACAUGGCUAAUCAAGCCACAGAAACAUUGUUCCGAAUGGCGGUAGCAAGAGGAGCUAUCACACCUUUGAGACAUGGAGAAGUUCUUUUGUUCUGCAUCACAGCUGCUCUGUUCAUGUUCUUCUUCAGGUGCAAAGAUGGCUUGAAAGGAUUUACAUACUCUGCACUAAAGUUCAUUGUAGGGAAAGAAGAAAUCCCCACCCAUUCUUUUUCACCUGAAGCAGCAUUUUCAAAAACAGAUAGAAAAAUCAAGCAUAAUGAAAAAGUAUCACAGUCAAUGAACAUUCUGGCACUAACAAAAAAGCUCAUGGACAAAGUGUGCAAACAUGGCCCAAGGCAUAGAUGCUGUAAACACUAUGGAGAUAAUUGCAUCUCAUACUGUAUUAAAGGCUUCAUUAGGAUGUUUAGCAUUGGUUACCUGAUCCAGUGUUGCCUUCGGAUUCCUUCCACCUUCCGGCAUCUGCUUACACAACCAUCACGGCUGCUUUCCCUCUUCUACAACAAGGAAAAUUUCCAGCUUGGAGCUUUUCUGGGAUCUUUUGUCAGUAUAUACAAAGGUACCAGCUGCUUCCUGCGCUGGGUCCGAAACCUAGAUGAUGAGCUUCAUGCACUUGUAGCUGGGUGUCUAGCAGGAAUUUCUAUGAUGUUUUACAAAAGUACAACGAUCUCUAUGUAUCUGGUGUCUAAAUUAGUAGAGACUAUAUACUUCAAAGGCAUUGAAGCAGGGAAGGUUCCCUAUUUCCCUCAUGCAGACAGCAUCAUCUAUGCCAUUUCUACAUCAAUAUGCUUUCAGGCAGCUGUCAUGGAAGUUCAGAACCUGAGACCUUCAUACUGGAAAUUUCUUCUACGUCUAACAAAGGGCAGAUUUGCUCUCAUGAACAGGAAAGUUUUAGAUGUGUUUGGUACUGAAGCAUCUAAGAACUUCAAGGAUUUCACGCCUAAACUUGACCCAAGAUACACAGUUGUGCCACCAGAGUUACCACUGGAGCUGUCUUGAACACGAAUGUCAUUGACUGUGAUCAGCAUUUUGUCCUGAAAAGUUAAUUAACUUGACAGUCGUAUAUAUGGAGGAGGACUAGGGCUCCACUUCAGUAUUAUUUCAAUGAGAAAAGCUUUUUACCAAUCAGAAAUACUGAAGCUUUGCAGGGAGGUGUGGCUUAGUGAUUAACCCCCUUCCAUAAGCAGAAAACAUUUCUGGAUUACUAUAGUUGGUUGACAGUAUGGUAGAAUGAAUUAAACAAAUGAGUAAUAUAUUUAGAGAAGAGAAGUAAAACAUAAAUAUGCUUCAUGAUUUCAAAAAUUCCAUAGUUCAUACCAAUAGAAUAUUUCUUGAUAAAACUAAAAGUAAUUAUUAAUUUAGAAAUGAAGACAAUUGGCAUAGUUUAGCUCCAAAAUUUUACCUGAUCUUAAAAAUGUUGCAGUCGGGUGAAAAUGCCUCCCUGGUUUUUCAAAUUGCAUCACUGAUUUGUCUGAAAAGAGCCACCACCCCCUCAUUAGUUAAAAUUAGGGUAUUUUUACACAGAUGUGGUUGCAAAAUAAGGCAUUCCUUAGGAAAAAAACCCAUAUAUUGAUUCAGAAAUCACAUUCCAGGGCUGUAAUUUCCUCUGAUGACACAGAUAACAGGCAAGGAAAACAAGAAAGUGGCACCGGUGGCUGCCGUGCGCCGAGGAGCGGCGGGUGUGGUGGUCAGCAUCUGCCAAGUGGAAAGGGACACAACUGGCAGAGGAAGGAAUGAAGCAUUCCAGCCUCUGAGAUGGUGCUGGAAACAGCAGACAGUUACAAAAAUAAAAAAGCCAAGAACAAAACAAAACAAAGCUAAACACACACCCACCUCCCCCCCUCCCCAGCUAAAAUAUACUGAAGCAAAAUGUUUAUUUUUGAAAGGGUUGGUCAUUGUCGCCUUAGAUGGCAUCAGAUUGUUUAUUGGGCUACAGCACCAGCCAGCAUUUCAAGCAUUUCUUUGGAAGAGAACUGACCCCUGAGGUUAAGCUGUUGGAGAGAACAGUUUUGACAAUCAUAUUAAUAGUCUUUUUUCCUUGUGAUUGGUGAAGAGUGGUUUUCCACCAGGCUAUCAGACUCACGACUGGCACAGUUACAUUAAAUUUUAUCUGGUACUCAAUGCAAAUAACUACCUACAUAAAGUCCAUCUCAUUUUUACUGUACAUAUUUCUGCAGAUUUGUGCUCCAAAGUGAAACCUUGACAUGCUAAUUGCUUUUUUUUCCCUUUGCUUUUUUGAGCUUUUUUUAAUUAUAACCCGUUCAGGUGGUGCUGAAUGGUGUUCAUUAUCCUAGAAGUUAAUGAGAAGAUGAACUAUAUUCACAUUCAACUGAAAAAACUGAAAAGAAGUGAAAUAAGCCAGGGAAAUUGCAGUAGGUUGCAUGUAUUUUCAAAAAAAAAAAAAAAAACAAACCAAAAAGAAGAAA